AGCGUUUGCUGAGUUGUUUGUGGAAAGUCCCAAUGCUGCAAUAGCAAAGUACAGCAAAGGAAGUACGACGAAAACGCAGCAGCUUAAAAGUUAAACAGGCAGACGUCAAGUGAUCUGCGAGCAAGCAUGGAGGAAAAGCCACCACUCCCACAACACUUGGAAGAUUCCAAUCUCAUCAAAGCAGUGAAAGUACGUGAAAUGAUUGCAGAUGACAUUGUGACACCACUCAGCACUGAUGACUUUGUGAAGCCUUUCUGCACUGCACAGACCAUUCAUCAUUUUGGUAGCUUCCACCGCUAUAGUGUACAGCUGCCUGAACUGGAGUGCUAUAGUACUGUUUAUAGAAAACAAGUGGAAAGAUCCCUGUUUGAUCUGUACAUGUUAAAGGUUUUGGAGGAAACAAAAAGCAUUAACUGGUGCAAUGAAGUGACAAGGUUGUUUCCACUUCAUGUUUCUGGAGAGGGGAAUAGCCUUCUUCAUGCUGCGUCGUUGUAUAUGUGGGGAGUCAGUGAUACAGAUCUGAUCAUGCAUAAAACUCUCUAUGAUGUUUUGAAGAACAAUAUAGCAAACAUCAGGCAACGUUUCCAGGAGGUGAAGAAGAGGCUUCCAGGUUUCAUGUCUGCAGCUCAUCUAAAAGACACUAGGAGUUUGGAUGAAGAAUGGAGACAGUUGACUGAAAUGACAAAACCAAAGUCAAAGAUGCCUGUGACAGUAAUUCCCCUGUAUAUGGAACUGUAUAUUUUCAUAUUAUCCAACAUCCUUCGGAGACCUGUUAUUGUUUUUGCAGGAAACCUUAAAGAUGCUGCCCGAAUCCUCACUGACUCCUUUCCAUCACCUGCUGGCGUCUACCUUCCUUUGCUGUGGCAGGAAAAUCAGUGUUACCACUCUCCUGUGGUGCUUGGCUAUGCAUCAGGAACAUUCACUGCCUUAGUCAGCGUGCCUGAUACUGUUCUGGAAAAUGAAGCUGUUCCUCUUACCACACUAAAGGGACACAGAGGUGAAAUGCCGGUGAGGUUUCUCCUGGAGAUAGAAGAAACUGCUAAAAAAAAACUGCUGUCGGUUUACUUAGACCUUUUGGAUGUUAGCCUACCAAACAAGACUGCGUUAGGUUCCAUUAAGGCAGUGAGGCUACAUUACCAGAAGAUGCCACAAGACCUUGAUGUAGUCGUGGAUUACUUCAAAUUAGUGGACCAUGUAUAUAAACUCUGGCAGACCAGUUUGGAAUCCGAGAACAAAGAGGCAUCAGAAAGUAAACUCCAAGAACACAGGCUCUCAUUCUCAAACCUCUCCAUUACCGAUGAUCAUUGUGCCAUUGCUGGUUGUCCAUACUAUUGUUCCAAGUACACUAAACCAUUUUGUCAUGAGUGCCAUCAGAAAAUUCGUCAAAAGAACAAAUCUUCCCAGACCACUCCAUCAGUGCAAGGCUCCACUCAAAAUAGAAGAGAGCAGCAGUCAGAAAGAAUGACAUAUUAUGGCAUGGAUAGUCCAACAGAAGUCAUCCUGCCUGCUUGUCCUGCCUCUGCACCUCCCACUGCAUCUAGCCUUUCCUUCUUUAGUGAAACCAGUGCUUUAAAGUGCAAGACACCACAGUGUCCAUUCACUGGGAUUGCAAAUAAGAAUGGGCUGUGUCUAAAUUGUUUUAUCAAGACACAUCAGCAGGGAGAAGUCCCAUUGGAGGGCAUCUCAGAAUUAGAGGUGGAGAUACAACAAAGUAGAUCACUGGAGGAAACUAUGGACCUUCUUGAAGGUAGAUGCAUCGCUUGCAAGCAAGAGAAGAGAACUUUCAAUGGUUUGUGUUUUGAUUGCUUGAAAAAACUACAGGCAACAUCUAACAAGAGUGAAUACUCAGGAAGAAAAGUAACAGACUUAUCAAAGUCUAGCGUUGAGCAUAGGGUCAUUGAAGAUGACCUGGAACCUGUCUCCUGUUCAGAAAUAGAGGCAGAUAAGUGCAGAAAUCCUGGCUGUAACUAUUAUGGAACCAGUGAACAUGCAGGUUACUGCACAGUCUGCUACAUAGCUCAAAAAGGUGAAAUUCGUAAAGAAGGACUGAAGUGUCUUCCCAUGGCUGAAGUAUUACCUGCUGCUAGUGCUCAGCGUGCUACAAUAUCGUCACAACUUAUAGCCAUGCCAGUUUGCUUGGCCACUGGCUGUGGCAUGCUGGGAAAUUCUCUGUAUGGUGGAUAUUGUGAAAAAUGCUACAUCGUGAAAAGCAAAAGUAGAUCAGGAAGCAGGCACAAUGCAGAUGGCUCUGCAUUGAAGGCUGCCAGGUUCCAGGGAUCACCUGCAAGACAGCCGUAUGGGAGUCCUUCUGAUUCAGACAUGCCAUUCAGUGGAAAGUCAAGAGAGAAUAUCAAACUGGAGUCAAGGACAGCCACUAGUCGUUUGCCUAACAGUCAUCAUUGUAGCACAAGAACAAAGAUGGAACUGCCUAAAAGACCUUGUAGAGCUGCUAACUGUCCCCACUAUGGUAAUGCUCGUUGUAAGGGCUACUGCAACGAGUGUUACUCUAACUGGAACAUUUGCAACAAUUUGUAGCUGAACUACCUGCACAGAUGGAUUGCACACAUUUCCUUGCUUCGUUGAUGGAGUGGCUCCAUUAACUUCAGAAGUGUCAUGAACAAUAAGGCCUUCUGGCUUAAGGCAUUUGAUUUUCCAGAUUUCUUUUCUUUUCUGCUUUGGCUGGCUCAUACUGAUAACUUGCUUGAAUUGCUAAAAUAAUUGGAAGGUGUUCUAGAACUGGAGAGCAACUCAACUAUUUUAAGUCUACAGAAAGAGUGGUCUUAUCUUAUUGUGUGACUGCUAAUGCAUUUUAUGUAAAAUGAGCAACUUGUAUGCAGGCUAGGAGUUGAGAAGUCGAAUGCCAUAAAUUCAAGCUUGCUUUGAGUAGAUCUCCUGACAAACAUCACUAGAUCUAUGUUUCUCCAUAUGAUUAUUUGUUAGAUAUUGCUAAGUAGUACAUUUCUUCUUUUCACAAAUGACAUGGACUAAUUAGCUUUUUGGGCUAGGAAGUCUGAAUUCAUGAGUUUCUUUGUGCCCCACAUUAUAAACUCACCGAUGUUGGGCAGGUGUUAAUUUUCCUUAGUAUAACUAGACUCUAGAGGGAGUGCUUUUGUAACUGACAGUCUCCACUAAAGACUGCUUAUCAGUAUUACAGAUGCUUUGCUCCCACUUUGUAACUAUAUACCUCAUGUCUAUUUUGACUAUGAUGCUGCAAAAAAAAUUUUUUUUUUUUGGUCGUCAGAGCUGUUAGGCAACCUCCUCUGAGUUCUCCCAACCAUCACUCCCAGUACUACCCCCAGAUGAGGUGAGAAGGGUAAGUGGUACUACAGUUGUGGAUGGUAGAUCACCCAGAUCUCCAAACCUGCUACUACCCCACAGUUGGAGCUGUUCUGGCAAGGCGGGAAGGGAAAUUGGACACAUAAUGACUUGGACAUGCUAAAUCGACUAUAGGCAUGUUGUGGUGCUGCAGGGGACCCGUCUCCACCUGAAUAAUGCUAUGUCUUACAGUUUUCUGGGCCCAGAUAUGCAUUAGUACCAGGAUUUGCAUUACUCUACUAUCACCACUGGUGCUACAUUACCUCUGUUGCGUGUCUCAACACACCUUCACAUCCUCCCUCUGACGAGAUAGGAGCAGGUUAAACCUUGUCACUACUCUUCUGCCCCAUGCCAUCUUCAACAGAUGCCAAAGAAGCUAGCCGAACUCAAUUGCCUGAGCUGUAAUCUAGGCUUCAUCCUUCUUUGCCAGUGGAGCCGGUUUCUGUGGCUGCAAAACUGUGACAAGCUUUCAGAUUUUGCUUCAGCAAUUUCUUUUAAUGUAUAAUUGACAUUUUUGUAUUUAGACCUACUUUGGGUCACUUUGAAAGCAUCACUUUAAUAUUGUGUUAUACAUUUUUAAUAGUUUCAUCACUGCUUAUGCAUCUUGUAACGAUAACUGCAGUGGAAAAAAUAGGACCUUUGUAAUUCCUUUGUAAUCAGGUUGUGUGAUAAAAAUAUUCAGUGUAUUGUUUGGAUGGUCUGUUUUAAAGCAGUGAGUUUCUGAAUUUGUAUGUAUUGAGUGGAUUCUGUCUCACUUUGUGAAAUGUGCAAAGAGAUGCAAAAUAGGGUAUCUAGUAAACAAAAAAACAGAAUAUUUAGAGAAGUA